AUGCCUGCUAUUCCUCUUGGGCAGCUGGCCAACCUUGACAUUCAAGCCUUGAUAGAGAAGACCUAUGGCGCUAUUUUCAUGGGCGUAGUCGCCUCUGCGAUCCUUUUCGGCGUUACCAACUCUCAGAUGUUUCUCUACUACAAGACAUACGCCGCGGAUCCUUUAUGGCAGAAAAUAUUUGUCGCAUUUUUAUGGGUGAUGGACGCAUGCCAUCUGGCAUUCAACAUCCAUGCCGUGUACUUUUAUGUCAUCAUCCACUACCUCCAGCCUGAUUUCGAGGUCGCGUGGAGUUUUCGACUGAAACCAAUCCUUGACAGUAUCAUUACUGUAUCGGUAAAUACGAUGUAUGCACUGCGCCUGUGGAGAUUGUAUCGUGGCGGAAGGAAGAUUUUGGUGCCCGUAGUGGUGACGACACUCCUCAUCGCGAGUCUGGGAGCUGCCAUAGCCGCGAUAUACUAUAGCUUUAUCAUUAAGACCUUUGGAGACGUCAAUCACAUAAAGUACGCUACAAUGCCGAAUGAUUUGAUUUAUCUAUGUUUGGAAUUCGUGCUGAUCAAGCUAUACGUGAAUUCUUUCAUGGCCAUGUAA